AUGAGUGCUCACGUUAAGAUCAAUGAUGAAAACAAGACUCCAUGGGAAGAUAUCAUUGAUGACAUAGAGAAUGACCUUGAUGAAAACAUGAUGGGAGUUCAAACGUCAGUUAAGGUCAAACUAGUUAGUAUACAUAUCAAGGGUACGGAGGCACUGCGUUCCACCUUACCCAUUAUAUGUGAAUUUGACACUUUACAAAACCGUUAA